AUGACAAUUAGAGAGAAGACGUCCGGACUCAACAAUUCCCAUGAAAACAAAGGAAAGAGAUGUAUAACAAAGCCGGUCAUCACAACACCGAAACCAGAAACCACUGAAGUAAUAGAAAGUGACAUUGAGGACACAUUCUAUGAGGAUCCUGACGACAUUCCUACAAUCAAGCUCAACAUUGAACAGUUCACACAGAAUCUAUGCAAGAGAAUAUGGAACUAUGUACGAGACAUGUCCAAAGCUUUCGUUGCUUUAAAUCCAGAAGCUGCUUCCAUCCCUACACCCAAACUGAAGAAUGUGAGUCGACUACGGACAGAGUAUCAAGUAUACGAACUUCCAGAUUCACACCCUCUCCUAAAAGGGUUGGAUAAACAAGAACCAGAUGAACCAAGUCCAUACCUUCUUGCUAUAUGGACACCAGCAGAAACUGCAAAUUCAAUUCAACCACUAGAAAGCAAGUGUAGGUCUCAAGAAUCAGGCAAAAUGUGCAAUGAGCAGAAGUGCUUCUCAUGUAGUAGUGUACGAGAAGCAAAUUCAUUAACAAUUAGAGGGACACUUUUGAUACCAUGUGGAACGGCAAUGAGAGGAAGCUUUCCACUCAAUGGCACGUACUUCCAAGUUAAUGAGAUGUUUGUUGAACAUGAAUCUAGUCUUAAUCCUAUUGAUGUUCCAUGGGCACGGGCCUCUGUAUCAUAA